AUGGGCUGCCAGCAUCUUCAGGAGAAUGCUGUGGGAGAUAGUAUUGAAGGCUUUGCUGAAGUCCAGUGUCCGAUACCGUCGUGCUCUCACCGCCUCUUGUGUCGGGGCCGGCUCGGUGUGAGCCGCCGCCCGCCGCUCCCGCUCCCGCCGCCCGUGCCGGGCGCUCCCGGCAGCGCCGCCCCGCGGGCGGGGCGGGACGGGCGGCGGGGCCGCCGCGCUCCCCUGGGCGGGGCGGGGCUGCUCGAGCACCUCCGUGGGAGCGGCCGCGGGGGCCGGGCUGACCGCAGCAGGUGCUCCCGCCCCCGAGCCCUAGCCACCCCCGCGGGCUCCCGACAGCCUACGCCGCGCGGAAGCGGCGGCUGCGGCGGCUGCUCCGGCACCACCACCUGUGGCGGCGGGAUGGCGGAGCUCGACAUCAGCGCGGAGGCAGUGAUGGGCUUCCUGAGGGAGCGCGGCGGGCGGGUGCGCAACACCGAGCUGGUGAGCGCCUUCAGGCCGCUGCUGGAGGCCGGCGGGGCCGGUGCCGAUGCCGGGGAAACGGAGGGGCGGGCGGAGCGGCGAGAGCGGUUCAAGGCGGCCGUGAACGCCGUGGCCACGGUGAAGGAGAUCGACGGCGUCAAGUUCGUGGUGCUGAAGCAUCAGCGGCGCGCUGCCCCGUCGGCGGGGGGCGAUGCCGGCGCCCCUGUCCCGGUUCCCGUCCCCGAUCCGAUUCGCGUCCCCGACCCGGUUCCCGUCCCCGACCGGGACCUCGCCAGGACGCCCCCCGAGGAGCUGCCGGGGCCGCGGGCGGUGGCCGAGCUGCGGGGCCUGUUCCAGGGCGGCUGCGGGGGGGUGCCCCUGCCCGGCGGCGCGGGGGGGGCCCGGCGGGAGCCGCCGUCCAAGCCCUGCAUGCUGCCCUUGCGCUACGCGCUGCCCCGCGCCGCCCCGGGACCGCCCGAGGACUCACCCAGCCCGCUGUCCCCCCCGCCGCUGGACGAAGAGGCCGGGUCCCAUUCGCCUGGCGUGCGGAGGGGGCCCAAGAACCACCGGGCCAGCGAGGAGACGGUGGUGCCCCUGGAGCAGGCGGAGCACCAGUGGCUGGUGCUGGCGGCCGACGGGCAGUGGACACAGCAGCUCCACGGGCUCCUCCUGGGCGACGCCAGCCUGGCGGCUCGCAGGGACUUCAUCUCCGGCUUCACCGCCCUGCACUGGGCCGCCAAGAGCGGCAACUGCGACAUGGUGACCAACAUCAUCCGAGCGGCCGAGAAGGGCGGGUCCCGUGUUAAUGUGGAUGCCAGGUCGCAUGGUGGCUACACGGCGCUGCACCUGGCUGCUAUACACGGCCAGGAGAAGAUAAUCACUAUGCUCGUCUAUAGCUACCAUGCCAAGAUUGACCUGAGGGACUACAGUGGGAAGAAGCCGCACCAGUACUUAAAGGAAGGGACGUCCCUUACAAUCAGGCGCUUGCUGGGGGACCCCAGCCUUUCCCAAAACACAGAGCACUCCAUGCCCAUCAAGAAGUCCACAAAGCUUGCGGCUUCAAUCUUGAGCUCCACUAGCACUUUCCUGGGAGUCAUAUCCGAUGACAUGGCUUUCUACGAUCUCACUAAAGGUUUAAGGAAGCCCUCAACUUUAAACAAGCUUCUGACUGCCACUACGGGCCCGAGGAGGAAGCCAAAGACCAGAGGGGGUUUCCCUUCAUAUUCCUCACUCUCUGAAGCAGUGGAGGAGGAGGAAGAGGUUAUCGUGAAACGCAGACCUGUUUCUGAGCUGUUCUUUGGCCACUAGCCUCUGCCUUACUGUGAUCAAAGUGGUUUAAUAGCAUGGCUGGUGUCUCAGCUUUCUCUUGCAGAAGCAAUUUGGAUUUUUUCGCUCCCUGUCUGUCUUUUUUUUUGGAUGUUUAACUGAAUCAGUGAUAGGGUCUACAUCCAAAGUCCACAGCAUGAAACCCAGCCCCAGGUGCCUAUGGAAAGGGAGCAUCCAGGGAAUGCUAUCCAUGCUGUAUGUACCAUUGUGCUGAUGAUUGGUGAAGACCACAAACUUUAUACUUAAUGGGUGACAAACAAUUUAUGUGUGUAUGGACAGGUGAAAAUGCCUGAGGUACAGUCUUCUUGAUCUGUGUCCUUCAGCUGGAGAGCAGAAGCAUGGUGAAGGAUUGCAUAUUUUACACUGUGAACAGCAAGGUGGUAGCUGGCUACUUUAACAAGGCUUGUUAUCUAAGAGGAUUAAAUUAUCAGAGGAAAGAUACAUAAUUUUCUAUGAUGUUUCUGAUUAUUUUGGUAGCAGAAGAAGGAUAUUUUUAUUUAUAAAAAUAGUAUACUUUUUCAAAACAAAGUUUCUCACUUUGACAGUUUUUCACUCAGUAUUUCACAUCAGAAAUACUAACUUAACAAUGUCAAUUGUUGCCUGAUGCAUUUUAUUAGAUGAAUUACUUAAAAAGAUAGACCCUGACCUUCAGCACUCAAGUCACUAUGUCUACCUCAGUUUGAAAGCUUGGCUAGUGUUUUUCUCUCUUGCUGGAAGACUUUUUAACCAGGUUGUACUUACCACAUGUCUUGAUGAUACUGUGAACAUUUAAACUUGACUGUAGUUCAAUCAGCUUAAUCUGAACAAAAAAUCUUGUUGAUACUGAAAAACUGAACUGCAAAACUGGGAAUUGGAUCUGUCAGAGUUUCUGAGUAGCCACCUAGAAACAAAGUUAGGCUUGUAUGUCUGAUUCUUUUUUGUUUAAAACUUGGCCCAUUUUGACCUAUUUACAAUAAAUAUUUAUAAACAUUAGGCUCUAUGUAAUGUUAGGUGCUUCAUGAUAGAACCUCUGCAUGACCUGUUGAAGCAGUGUUUAUCUCAGCAGCAUGAAUCAUUGACCUAAAAUGAAGUCUUCUUCUUUUAUAUGAUAAACAAAAUUGUUUUAUAUAUAGAAGUACACAUAGCUCAGAAAGCAUGCUAACUGUGUGUUAGGUUUGCAGUAAGAUCAUUAUUUUUUUAAUUACUGCAUGGUUAAAAGUUAAUGCAAAGAAGCAGAGCUCUGAACAGAAACUGUCCAACUUUGGGGGCAAGUCUGCUAAGCCAGCACGUUUUCUUUAAAACUAUAACUAGAAACCUGUGUCAUUGAGAGGUGUUGAAGGUGAACACAAUGCUGCACUGGCUCUGUUUGGGUUUCUGCACUGAAACACUAGUUUGCAUGCUUUGCCUUUCCUUCCAAGUCAGUGACUUCAGGAAUGUUUUGGUUUUUUCUGCCUUGCAUUAAACCUAGGACUUGUAAUUUGUUCUAAUUGGCUUGUCCCAAACACUCACAAGGAAUGCUGUAGGACUGAAGAUGGACACACUGCCCUCUUUACUACAAAACACGUUCCCUGAAGUUCCUGGCUUGGUGACAUUUGUUGGGAAUGUGAUUAGAGGUUGAAGCUAGGUCUGAUGCACCUGUUCUAAGUAGAGACUGGAUUAUUCUGCACCGGUCUGCUUCUGGAUUGAACUAAUUAAGUUGUUAAGCACAGGUUAAUGAUCAAGCAUCUCAUGACUUCUAUAUCUGGAGUAGUGUUUAAAAAAAAUAAAAUCCAAUUUGCUCUCUAGCUGUUGGUGUGACCAUUGACCAGCGUGGUCCUUUGAAACCUUGAUUUGUGCUGCACUCUGUCAGCUUGCAGAGUUCUGGGAAAAACAGAGCUCUGUAUAAAAAUGCCUUUCCAAGUGUGCAGACAUAGAAUUUUUUUAAAUUAUUUAUUUUUAAUUUUUUUUUUCACUGAAACCACAGAAGUAUGUGUGUGCAUUCAUGUUACCUCUGAGGCACUAACACUGCCUGGUGAAAGUGUUCCCUUUCUGUGGGCAUUGCAAACACUCUUGCAAACUGCUUGGCUUUAUUGAGAAGUUUGUUCAAUAAUUAUGGGUAUAGGCUUGAUAUUUGUUCAAACAACAUUGCUGAACUUAAGUGCUCAUUCAGAGUUCAAGCCUACAUGAGCCAGAGGCAGGGUUCAAGGAUGGAGUGUUUUGUAUUUAAAAACCUCACCUGACUAAUCUGGAGAGCAUGGUUGUGAUUUCACCCCUUAGAAAGUAGGGAGAAGGUUUCAUUGCCUCUCUAUUAUUCUGUCAUAGAAGUCACAGCUGAGAUAAGACUUCAUUGCAACAUGUAUCAUCAAGAAAAUUGUGCACUACUCCUUCCUCAGAGGCAUUGAAGUGAUUAGCUGGCGUGAUAGAAAAAUGCCCAGCAGCAAGAGCCCUGUUGUAGCAUUCCCCAGGGAGUGCUGGAGGCUGGGCAGGAGGGUGGUGUCACAAAGGUGGGGAGCUCACAAAGCUGGAUGUGGGUGGGGUAGGCCGGGCUAGGCUCUGCCAACGAGUUUGUGCAGUGACUCAGCUCAUUCCUCCUUGUUGAGCCACCGAAGGAAAAGAUAGUAUUUAGGCAGGCUGGAAUGAGUACACGGAGUGUGGUAGAACUUCAGGUGCAGACCAAUAGUGUGAGGUAUUGAGAACACACUGCUGUAAUCAUACAGGUAUAUAUAGUGCCUUUAGUUUGAAGUAAAACCAGUCCAUCAGCCUGGCUGGGUUUUGGAUUCCAGUGUAACCCUUUAAACUGUAAGAAGUGACAUUGUAGGGUGAUGAGUGAUCAUGAGAGUGUUUUCCUGCAAAAGGCUGAAGCAGGACUGUUUUAUGAGUCCCUUGGCUUGACUGGUUCUCUGUAAUCCUUAUUUUCAAGUCCAAAUCUGGCUGAAUGCAGUAGGAUUUUUACCUGAACAAAUGACAAAUGUGAAGUUUAGCCAGGAUGUUUUCACAGGAACAGCUGAGAGGAGGACUGGGUUACCUCAGCACACUGGUCUGGAGCAGGGGCUGUGCCAUGGGCUGGCCAUGCAGCAUUUGAAUCCUUGGCCCAGCCCAGAGCUGGGAGUUGCCCAAGGCACCAUCAAAGAUAAUAGCAGUAAAGGUAAACAAACAAACAAACAAAACCCCAAAACAAACAAACAAAACCCCUCUCUGCACCCCCCUCCCUGGCUCUGCUCCUGUCCCCUGGAGAGGGCUUGGUGGUGGGGAUGGAGGUGGAGAGCACAGAUCAGGCACAGGAGCAGGACUCAGCUGCUUGGUGGUAUUUUGCCUUGGUUACUAGCCUGCCCUCUCAGCAUGUCUCAGUUUUCCUGCUAUAAAAUGUAGAUAAUCACCUUGGUCACUUCUUUAAAGCACACAGUCAGUACUGAUAUGCAAAUUGAAAUCAAGAUAAUGUUUUCAGGCCUGUAGGCAGCAUGAGCAAUGUCAUUCCCCCUCUCUGUGAAUGUGCAUUCAGUGGAGCACCUACACAAAUAAAACUAGCUCAGAUUUUAGUUCAGCAGCACUAGGGAUCAGGAAAGCUGCUGUUUGCCUGACCCUGGCUAAGUCUGCCUGCUAAGGAUAACUUAGUUUGUUCCUUGGCACAUUUUGUUCUGAAGAGUAUCAGCUCAAAAAUCUGCUUUGAAGAGCUCUGCAAACAAACCUUAAACCGUGAUUCUGCACAGAGGGAUAGACUUUGUCCUCCCGGAUGUGGCUGUUUGAGCAGUGUGAGGCAGUGUGGUUGUGGUCAGGCUCACAGAGAUAUUUGGCUGUCCAUUCCUUUGUGAGUGCUGCACAGAAAUGUGCACUAUGAAAACCCAGGAAAUGCCGUUCCUGCACUGCAGAAGAGUCUUAAUGAGAUUUCAGCUUCAUCACAAACCCACGGUUCAGUGGAAGAGUCAAAGUAACUCCAAAAGACCAGUGGGAGCUGCAGCCACCAGCUGGAGGUAGAGGAAGCAUUUCUAGACAGUCCUCUAAUUCCCCAUUGCUCCCUCUCUUCAUGUUUCCACCAUGACCUACAUUCCUUGGAUGUAUUUGCCUCCUGAUUUGCAUAUUAAUCUGAAUAAAAUGGCAACAUGGCAGUUUUUGCCUUUUCUA